AUGGAUCAAGCUCACGAUGACGAGAACAAGAUCAGCGCGGGGGAAAACUCAACAAAUUCCAAGAAGACAGAAACUUUGGACAGCCCACAGUUCCAGGAAAUGGUGCAAGGUUUUGUGGUUGAAAAAGAAUUACUAGAAAAACGACACAAAGACGAAAUCGAGAAAUUGAAGGAGAAUUUUUCUAAGAAAGAGAAUGUUCUUUCUGAAAGCCAUGAAGGAGGGCAGGUUCAUGGUGAAACCAGUCAGUUUGGUCACAGUAGCAGUACCAUGGUGGGCCAGUCGAUGCAGUCGCAGAUGAUGGCGAAUGGCACCAGGUACAGUGAAACAACUGCUUUACACAAGAAUUUGCAUUUCAAAGUGCUGCCUCUAUUUUGAAAGCUAUACAAAAAUUCUAAUUUGAAAAUAAUUAAGUAUAAAUAGCCGCGGAUAGAAACAACGUGAAUUCUCGCAUGGAAAUAUGAAACCUCGAUGUUUGUCAAAAGCACUUGAACUUAAAAUGAAUAAAAUUGCAAAGUUUGAUUGCGAAAUGUUGUAAAAUGAGGAAAAUAUAGCCCUGUGAAGUUCGCAAAUUUUGUAUAUAUUUGCAUUACGCGUGGGAAAAAUAACCAUUUUUUUUAGUUGAAAGUGGUUAUUUUUGCCGCGCGUAAUACAAAUAUAUACAAAAUUUGCGAACUUCACAGGGCUAUAUUUUCUUCAUUUUACAACAUCUAGCAACCAAUAUCUUUGCAGUUUUACUCAUUCUAAGACGCUCUUUCUAGCUGUAGUGCUGGAUUUCGUUCUUCUUGCCUUGAUCAAAAUUUAGUCUGUAGCUGAAAUCACCCAUUGUAUAAUUUAUUAUUUGUGUUUCAGUUCUAGUUACCAAAAUGAAGAGGCGUACAGUGGUAGCCAGUUACAUGGUAAUCACUCUGUUGUAACUGGUAGCUAUGGUACACAUUCCCAAGAAUUUCCAUCUCGUUUACCAUCUUCGUAUCAUAACCAACAUUCUGGACAGUUGUCUACCAUGCAAGGCGGUACAAUUACAGCUGGUUCUCAUGGGAUGGUGAAUGGUUUUACAGGACAUUCUGGUCAAAUUGGUGGCGACAUUGGGUUGAUGAAUGGUGGGCUUAACCACUAUCAUUCUGGCCAAACACCCUCUAGUAGUCAUUCAAUGUUGAAUGGCUUUGCAGGACAUUCCAAUCAAGUUGGUGUCCAUCACCAUAAUGCACCAUCCUAUCAAGGGAAUUCAUAUGGUGGUAGUGAAUAUAAUGCUAUCAAUGGUACACAUGUUGGUGCAAGCAUGAAUGGUACUUCACACCAACAUAUGAACGGGCACCAUGCUUUCUCUUCAAAGGAUACCAGUAUUGGAUACCAUGCUACAGCAUCCGAUCACCAUACCAAUGGCAUAUACCAUGCUUCUGGUGUGAAAAACCCUCACCAUUCGACCACUUGGAAUCCGACAUUCUACACGCAUAAUUUGUACCCUCCAAGAGAUAUCACUGGGAUGAAAUCCUCGUCAGGAGGCGAUGUAUACGGCGUUAGUUUGGAGUUGAUGAACGGACCUUCAAUGCGGGUCAACACUGAGAACCUAGCGAGUCAAAUUCGGCCUGAUCUUGACCUAGAAGACAGACUCGAACAACAGCGGGAAUUUUUACAACAAAGAUUUGCGGAGGAAAAAAGACACCUAAGGCAAAUUGUGCAUGAGGAAUUCACGAGAAAAUAUGAAGCUGAAAAACGGAAGCAUGAUGAGAUUAUUCAAAGUUUGAAAAAGACAAAUGUGGAAUUGGAAUAUCAGAGGAGAGAGUUUGAAGUCAAAAUUAGACACGAACGGGAAAGUUCGGAAUUAAAAUUUGAAAGCCAACGGACGGAGCACGAGCGAAAGUGUCGGAAACAGUCGGAGGAACAUCGGAGUAAAAGGGAUUCAAAAUAUGAAACGGAAAUCGUACAACAGAAGAGAACGUAUGAGGGGAUUGUUGAGAAACUAAAGAAUGAUAUUCAGUCGUUAACUUUGCAACUCGAAGAACAAAAUGAGAAUUUGAAACGCGAAAAAGACAACGUUGUUGCAGCUUUUGAAAAAGAAAUUGGUGAAUUUAAGGAGAGGAUGAGGGUUGAAAAAGAAAAGACCGAUUCGGAACUUAGCGUUAAACUAAAAAGCGAAAUAAGUUUGUUGACUUCUGUGAAUAAAAGUCUCCGGGAGGAAAUUGAAAAUAAGGAACGCGAGAAGCAGGAAUUGGAACGAUUAAUGAAAGAAGAACGAUCAAGAAGCGAGUUGAAUUAUGAAAAUCAGAUUUCCGAAAUUGAGUCGCAUUUUGAAACGGAAAAACAGACACUUUUAAUUCAAUACGAGGAAAAAGUAACGCUUCUUUUGAAAAGCGAGAAAAGUGCGGUCGAGGAGAAUUCUCAAAAAUCUAGCGAAGAGUUGAAUGCACUUAAAAAAGAAAAUGAAACAUUGAAGGAGAUUGUUGAGAAUAGUUAUAAAAUGGAACAAGAAGCAAGUUUAGAACGAGAUGAAUUAGUGGAACGUUUGGUCGAAGAAAAGGACAUGUUAGGAGCACAGUUGCAACAACUUGUUGCUAAGCAACAGCAUGGCGACACUCGUAACAAGCAGGAGUACGAUAGGUUUAUGUUGAGUGCACAAAAUGAGUUAAAAGAAUCGCGAGAAUUUUCAACAAAGCUUCAGAGGAAUUUGGAACUCGUCCAGGAUGAGAAAGAAGCCCUUGUCUCCAAAAUGGAAGGUUUACUAAGAGAGGUAAAUGAACUAAAUAAAGAAAAGUUGAAUGGAAGUGCUGUUAAGGUUGAAAACGAUAAACUAUUAAAAGAAGUUACUAAACUCAAUGAGGAAAUUGACAAGAUGUUUGAAGAUUUACAGGAGAAAGGGAGAAAAGAGGUUUUGUUAAAAGAAAAGUCGAAUGGAAUUGAGGAAUCUUUACAUCAGCAGGAAACUGAGAACACUCAAUUGAAACUUGAAAGAAUGGAAAGUCAAAAUAAGUUGGCUGUUUUGGAAAGGCAGACAGAUGACCUGAAGAAUGAUUUGUCGACAAUGAGGAGACGAAAGGUGGAACUUGACGAAGCGAAUUGUAACUUAAAGAAAGAAAAGUCAAGCGUCGAUGGAAAGCUAGCUGUUUUGCAGACAACUAAUGAUAGUUUACAUCAAGAACUCCAAAAAGCUAAACAGACGAUUUCACAACUUGAAGAAGAGAGUACUGCUUUGAAAUUGGAAAAACUUGAGCUGCAACAGCAAAUACGAUUGGCUAAAAUGCAAGAGACAAAUUACCGCGAUGUCGCUCAAAGGUUAAACGCCAUAAGUGAUAGUGAUACUAGUGGAUCAGUUCUAACUAGCGCUGAUGAGGCGGCUGAAAAGAAUCACGCGAGACAAACAAAGAAAAAGUCGAGUCUAGAAAAACAAAUUUUCAAACUGAAACGCGAGAAAGCCGAGUACGAAUUGAGAGUUGAACGUUUGAAACAGGAUGUGGGAUCGUUGGAGCGAGAGGCGCUCAAGCAGAUUGAACAUAAUAAAGCUGUCUCUGCAGAGUUUGUUUCAGCCAAGAAAGAUUUUGAAAAACAAAUGGCUGAUCUUAAACGACAGAGAGAGGCCUUGGAAGCGUCCAUUGUUGAAACACAACACGAAGAGAAAGGUAAGUUUUCGUAGUUGUGUUGGUGAUGCAGUGAUUAACAUAUGUUCCUUUUCAGCCGAAGAAUUUAGUUCUUGUAAUAUGCACUGUCUGACUAUAAUUUCACCUUGUGAGAAGAAUGAUCCUUACUGGACUUCUAGGGAGAACAGUUUAGAACUGUUAGAGCUAUCCAGUAUAAAUAAAGUUAGUUUAGGUUUCCUCCUGUAGUAACACUGCAUCAAUGUAAAUUGGAAAGUUGUUUUUUCUUCUUUUAUUAAGCUAUUAAAAACAUCAUGACGAUGUUGGAAAAAGAGAAAGCAGAACUAAAACACAGUGUGGACUUACUCCGCUCGGAGGAAGAGCGCCUGAUGCAAGCCAGCGAGAUAGAAACACAACGCAUAUCUGAAGAUCUUGAAACGAGAGUCCAGCAACUUCAACAGCAGAUCACAGGCUUGGAAUCGAACAAGCCAGAAAUACAAGAAGACGUUGAGAGGUUAGAGCGCGACGAAGCAACGUUGCGUUGCAGUAUUGAAGAGUUACAACACGAAAGUCAAUUGUUGUCGCAACGUAUUUCACAAAUGAAGGAAUCUGUGCUGGAUACUGGAAGGAAAAGAGUUUCCUGGGGUGAAGAUAAGGUAGGCUGCUCUAUUUAAGGGUCAUAUGACACCUGGCUACUAAUUAGAGUUUUCAAAUCCAUAUUUACCUUGACUAUUUAAUCUAUUAAUAUUUACUAUAACCUAUUUAAUUAUGUAUGUAAUUGUAUUAACUGCAUGUAAGUAACUGUAUUUGUAUGUUUAAUUUUUCUAAAUUUUUAAUGUAAAUUUGAAUUUAAUGCUACGCCCCCCUUAGAAAUCAGCUUUUGCUGUAGGGGUUAGCGUAGUAAAAUAAAGUUUUACCUACCUAACCUACCUAUAUCAGCCCAUUUACCCAGACCUGCUGGUUGCUGACCUCGUCCUUUAGUAAUUUUAUGUACUUUUUAUAAUAUGGUACGGAUCGACAAAACAUUUUUGAGGCCUCCCUUAGCCAAACACAAGCUUUAGCAGCAGAUUUACGAAUCGGCAUAUCAUAGUUUCCGAUGGUGAAUUAACAGUCCAUCCGUUACGAAUGGUACGGAUUGACAACAUUUUCGAGGCCCUCCUUAGCCAGACACAAGUUUUAGCAGCAGAUUUACGAAUCGACAUAUCAUAUUUUCCGAUGGUAAAUUAGCAGUCCAUCAGUUACGAAUGGUACGGAUCGAUGUUCAGUCCUCACCAAACGUUAUGACAAAACAACCCUUCCAUCCGUAGCCAAAAUUUCACGAAAACGAACGAUCCGUAUGCAUGCGACAGUAUUGGACAAUCAUCAAUUCAGCAUGACGCUUGUGAUUUCUUUUGUGUUUUCCUUGUGAAUUACUCAUGAGUUUCACAAACAAAUUUUCAUCGCGUUCAUAUGAGGAAGCUUAGUUUCAUGUUUAAUUUGUAAAAUAAAUAUUAGACAUAAACUGGCAUUGUUACUUGACAUGUUUUACUACCUAUCUUAAGGUGUCAGACGACGUAUCGUCCUUGGGAUAUCAUGAAGUCAUGGAAGAAAUUACGAAACUACGACAGGAGCGUGACGGCUUAAUCCGAAAGGUGAACGAACUUGAACGAAAACAAACGAACUUGGACAUCAGCGUCGAGAGCGCGGAGAAAAAUCGCCAUGUUUGCGAAAGAGAAAUUAAUGCUCUCUCCCGAAAGAGAGCUGAACUAGAGUCAGCAAUUUUUGCCCUGAAAACGGAGAAAUUUCAACUAGAAACGCGCGUCAACGAACUGUCGACGAUAAGCGUCGAAAACGCUACGAAUGCCCAACGAAAAGAGAUCGAGAUGCUUCGAAGUGAGCUCGAUAUUACCCGAGAGAGUUGCGAGGACAUUCGAUCGAUGUAUCAUUCUGUUCAGAACGAGGGAAAGAACAAGGUAAUUUUAAUCUGUUAUAAUGCCAGACUCAUCAGAUUACGUUAACGUACAGAGACUUCGCUUCUUCUAACAAGUCUGAUACAGUCAUGAUAUGACAAGAAUGUUACUAGGCUGACCACACAGGGUUGUAACAAUAUUGUUAUAUCAUGACUGUAUCGGACUUGUCUGAUAAUAUCAAUAAGCUUGUUACAAGAUUGUUCUAACUAGUCUGAUACAAUCAUGAUAUAGCAUAAAUACUACAAGAUUGACUACACCAAGUAGUUACAAUAUUGCUAUAUCAUGACUGAAUCGGAUUUGUUGGAACAACCUUGCUACAGGUCUGAUAAUAUCAACAAACUUGUAAACUAGCUGUAACAAGCCGGAUGGCAUUAUCAGACUUGUUACAAGGUUGUUCUAACAAGUCUGAUACGGUCAUGAUAUAACAAGAAUGUUACAAGGUUGACGACAUAAGCUUGUAACUAUAUUAUUAUAUCAUGACUGUAUCAGACUUACAAGCACGAGUUCCGUACUUAACUGAGCAGUGAGUUCUGUAAAGCAUCAGAUCACUUUGAGGUAGUCCACAUUCGAGAAAAUGUGCUACCUCUGUAUGGUCUAACAGUGCUUAACCCAGCAGCGAGUUCUGUACAACAUCAGAUCACGUUAGGGUAGCCCACAUUCAAGAACAUGUACUACCUCUGCAUGAUCUAGCCAUGCAUGCUUAUUAACUCAGCAGUGAGUUCUGUACAACAUCAGAUCACUUGAAGGUAGUCCGCGUAAGACAGUUCUGACAUUAAUCUUUAUCUUAUAUUUCCGUAUCUCUUUAUCUAGGUCGACGUGGUAGAAACGGAACUUCGCUUAGCAGAGGAUAAUCUGAUGCGACUGAAGCGAGAGAGACUGGAACUUGAGAAGACCAUUUCAACUCUGCUCCGUCAGAAGACUGAGCUCGAGUCUGAAGUAGCAUUGAUUGUGGACUCAAAAUAUCGCGAAGACAGAGAUACUCGCGCUCUCCGUGAAGAGAGGCUAAACCUUGACACUGAGCUAGUAAGAAUACGGAGUCAAAUCUCGGAACUUCGCUCAAUGUUGUCGAAUCUCGAAGAUGGCAAGACUGUAACCGAGCAUGAGCUCCGAGGUCUGGAAGCUAGAAAGGAACGAGUGGAUAGCUACGUAUCCGGGAUGGAAGCAAGGCUUCUGAUUGGCCAGCAAUCUCCCGUCUCGUGGAGUGUUAGCCCAACUAAGGAUUAUACAUUGACUCCGCGAGAUGACUUGGAGAAACAGGUUUUGGAAUUACGAGAGCAAAAAUUGUUUCUUGAAGCUGACCUGUUCACGUUGCGCAGGAAAUCUGGGGACGGAAUUGAUACCAGGAACUGUGGGCAUCGCGAGGGUGCUCUAGGAAUGUCUAGGAUGAAUUUGGGGUGUGUUGGUGCAACAAGUGAUUAUGCAGGACAGUGUGGGUACAAUCAAGGAUUACAUCAGGUAAUGAUAAUGGUGAACAGGGAAUUCAAUUUAAGGUAGCUCAAAAUUUAAGCUCAGAGUUUAAAUCGUCGUCCUUUCAAAAUGUUUACCGUUUUCAGAGUGACUAUUGUAUUGUAUGUCAUUAAUUAGAAUGCUCAAUGGUUUCCGCAAUUUUUAGUUUACAGUAGUUUAGACUGAUUUUGUUUUAUUUAGUUUAGUUUUAGUUCACAAAGGACAUUCUGUUGUCGAAGAACAACGUGACUUCAAAAAUUAAUCUCUAAAGUACUUUCCUAAUUCUGUUUCAGGACGUUGAAGGACUAGCUCAACAGAAAUCAAAGCUCUCGUGUGAAGUGCAACAAAUGCAGGUCAAGAAAACAGAUUUGGAUGCACAAAUCACGAACUUGGAAUACCGAAAACUAGGCUUGGAGCAGUCAGGAAGACUGGUGACAAGACGAGAAAAUGAAGGCUUAGCUGAGCAGUCUGGGAGUCUGGUGACUAGGUGGGAAAAUGAAGGCUUGACUGACCAAUCAGGAAGACUGGUGACAAGGCGGGAAAAUGAAGGUUUGACUGAGCAAUUAGGAAGACUGAUUACAAGGCGGGAAAAUGAAGGUUUGGCUGAGCAAUCAGGAAAACUGAUGACAAGAUGGGAAAAUGAAGGCUUAGCCGAGCAGUCUGGGAGUCUGGUGACAAGGUUGCGAAAUGAAGAUUUGGAGCAAUCAACGAGACUGGUGACAAGGCGGGAAAAUGAAAGCUCCGAAGUCAAAGUUGAAGAAAAUGUUACUGAAGAAUAUUCUGUCAAGGUAAACACAACCCCAUUGUGAAAUUACACCUGAAAACAUUACUAUGCAUGUCCCAAUUAAAUUGGAUAACUUGGUCAACUUAGAAUGGUCAACUUAUUCUAAGUUGUUGAUUUUCAGAUGGAUUUCGUGAACUACAGUGUGGAACAGAUGCAAGAACUAAGACAGAAAAAUACGAGCUUAGAAAGUAAACUGAGCGCGUUGGAGAAUCAUUUACAUGACGCUAAAUUUGAAAUGGAAAAGCAGACAUUGGAAUGUCAGAAAGAAUUGAAACUGGUUCAAAAUGCGGUGAGUGAAGUAGUGACUCUCCCAAGUAGGUAGCCUGCGUGUCAAGCUCUAUGCUUGAAGUUAGUGACAUAUUGUCCAAGUACCACAAUCGGUAUCCGGUUAUAAUCCUGCAAAGCUGUGUCCAGUACAUUCCUAAUAAUUCGUUUUCAAUUUUAUAUCCUGUUAGCUUAUGUCCCAGCAACAAAGCGAGUCGGGGCAACAGCAAGAAGUUAGUGUGAUUGUUGAACGUUUGAAAAACUUCAUCGAGGAAUCACAAUUGACCGAAACAGACCAAAUUUAUGAAGAAAUUAAAGAGGAGAUACGAAAUUUGAAUAGAAAGGUAAUUUUAUUGUAGAGUCCUACCUACAAUGGACCACUUGAUUUAUGAUUGUAUAGAUAUGUAAGAUGGUUGUCUUGUGUUCUAGGUGGAAGUGAAUAGUCAGAAAAUGAAAGCUAUCCAGGAGAGGAAUUGUAAAGAGGAGGAACACCCCUCGGAAAUAAAGGAAACUACACACACUGUUGACGAAAUCUGUGGACAUGUAAGUAUGCAUUUGUUGUAAGUUUCUUAACGUUUUCUAACCUGGUGUAACUUUAUUUAAACUGGUCUCACUAGAGGUCCAGUAAGAGUCAUUGUCAUCAUUGAUCUAGUGUUACUACAAGAGGAAACUUAAACUAAACUAACUUUGUGUAUACUGGAUAUAGCUUUAUCAGUUCUAAACUGUUCUCCCCAGAGGUCCAGUAAGGGUCAUCUCUUAUUGAUCCAGGGUUACUACAUGAGGAAACCUAAACUAAACUAACUUUAUUUAUACUGGAUAUCUCUAUCAGUUCCAAACUGUUCUCCCUAGAGCUCCAGUAAGGGUCAUCUCUUAUUGAUCCAGUCCUACAACAUGAGGAAACUUAAACUAACUUUAUUUAUACUGGAUAAGCUAAAUCAAUUCUAAACUGUUCCCCUUAGAGGUUCAGUACGACCCCUUAUUGGUCAAACAGAUUGCAUUCUCAAAUCAACAUUAACCAACGGCAAUCUUUUUCUUAGAUACAAGACGCCGAAUGGAACAUGGAACGCUACAACGAAGUAGUUUCGCAUUUGCAACAAGAAAAUACGGAUCUUAUGGAGAUAGUCUCAAGGUUGGAAGAACGGCUGACGGCCGCGGGAAAGUCUCAUGAAAUAUUACAAAGAAAGAAAGUUAUUUUACAACAAUUGCUAGAAACUGUCAGCGUGAAGACUGGUGAAGAUCUUGUGCAGCAAUCUAAGAUGAUUUUUGAACUUGAUAAAGAUACGGCUAUUUGAUGUGUAAGGUAUUAAAGUGCCAGCUUCCUAACGCAGAAAAAUCCGCAAUUCUGCCAACACUAUUCAGAACAGGGUUAUUUGUAUAAUGAAGACUCUUCAAAAAGUUGUUUAUUCUCACGUGAAAACAAGAACUUGAAGGCGAUUGACUAGUCGGACUCGAGAGCCUGUUCGCAGGCUAGACUGAAACCUGUCAAAUGGUCUUCACAAACUUGAAAUUUUCACACGAGUCUGUCAAGAUAUGAUGGUCUGGAAACCCGGCAAAAGACACAAAAUAGAAGACCUUUGUUUGAUGUUGAACUGUACCUCACAGUGCACAAAUCCUUUGUCUUAACUUCAUUAAAUCUUAUUCAUCGUGGUUGCACGUUUCAUCUCAGCGAUCCCUACUGGGCGGUCACUUCAUUAUACGAAAAUACAAUGAGCUCAAUCACCGUGACCGUGCACAAAUUAACAUAAACUCCGACAAAAACAUAAUACAAUGACUGCUGUUCAGUUUCCACAUCAUCA